AUGUAUGCGAGUGUUGGGAAAGGAGCACCAGCCACUCCGCUUACAACCCCGGGGACAUCGUGGGUUCUGGUGCGGCCCCAGCAGGAUGGGAGAGACCGCUGGCAGGUUGGGCCAGGUGGAGAAGGAAAGGGGACCAAGUACGUCAACACGGACCCUAACAACCCCCUCUGUCCGGGAACACCAGGGCCCACGGAGAAGUAUAACCCUGACGACGACCCUACAAACAACCGCCCUCUGUCCGGGGAACACCUGCCCAACGGAGAGGUGAACCCAGACUACAACAACACAUUUGUGUUUGAGAAUGACUUCCCAGCCCUGCAGCCUAAUGCUCCUGACCCAGGAUAUAACCAACAUCCACUGUUCCAGUCUAAAGCAGCCCGGGGCGUCUGCAAGGUGAUGUGUUUCCACCCCCGGUCUGACGUCACACUGCCUCUCAUGACGCUUCCUGACAUCAUCAAAGUGAUUGACAAGUGGGCGGAACUGAUGGUGGAUCUAGGGUCCACCUACCCCUGGGUCCAG